UUUACACUGACAGUUACUCCUAAGAAAUCUCUGAAGUCACAAAACAUUGCGAGUAAAUCGUUUGUGGAGUUUGUAUAGAAACAUUCUUUCAUUCUGCGUGGCGCCCACUCGAAAGUUCUCCUCAUCCCCAUGAGAUUCCUCGAUCCAGGAGAUGGAUCAGGAUGAAAGGCAGAGGAAAUUAGCGGCCGGACGAGCAAAGUUUGCUAACUAUAGACAGCAGCGGGCGAAAAGCGAGAGUUCGGGGAAACAGAAAAAGACGGCGAAGAGGAAGGGCAAGACUGUCCAGACUAAUGACGGGUCAACGGAUGAGAGCCACCUAGAGGAGCUGGACACAGACCUUAAUCAUGGAGAUAUCGACAAGGGACACUUGGAGUCAUCACUGAGAGCCCAUUAUGCCGACAGCAGUAUUCCAGACAUCCAUCAGUUCUGCAAAGAGACCAAUGAAACUGAUGGACAGGACCGCUGCUCCUCCGCUGGGUCCGAUCAGAUGGAGGGUGAACUCGCUGAAAUGAUUGUAGUUGCACAAAGUGGCAAAGAACAACUGAAGCAGUUGCAGGCUGCGGUGGAGAAGCGGAAUGAGAUCAUCUCACAGCUGAGUAAGAACCUGCAGGUGGCGCUACAGAGCAGAGAUCAGGUGCAGCUGGAGGCGCAGGAGCUCACCGGUCAGAUUCAAGCGCUACAACAACAGCUGCAGCAGACUAAAGAAUACCUGCGUAGUAAAAGUCAAGGAUCUGUGGAUCUUACACAAGCUGAUCAUCUGCAUCUACAGCUGGAGGUGUCACAACAGAUGACGGUGGAGCAACAGGGUCUCCUGACCCAAAAGGAGGCUGAGAUUACAGAUUUACAGCACAAGCUUGGUGUGAUGGAGAGAUCUCUGUUUCAGCUUCAACACGCCUUCACACACAGAGAUGUUGAAGAAACUCAUGACCAACACACUAGUUGGUUCCCAGAAAACAGUUUUGACUCAAACUCUGAUGCUUUGCUGAGACGGUUAAGAGUCGAGCUGGAGGAGGAGCAUGCGAACACACGACGAGCACAAGAACAAGCAGAUGCGUUCCAGAACCGGAUACACGCCAUUGAGAAUGAGAAGAUGGAGUUGGAAGCCAAUCUGGCUGAGGUUCAGGUUCAACUCGAGAUUGCUGAAAUGCAAGCCCGUGAAGCCCAGCAGUAUAAAACUGAGAAAGACGAAGUGAACCAGGAAAUGAUCAAACUGAGCCAGCUUGUCACAGAACUACAAAAUCGGCUUCAUGCAGAAGAGGAUUCAGAACGCAACUUGUGCUCCAAAUACGAAGCAGAUAUUUCAAAUUACGAUGUCAGGCUUCGGGCGCUGGAGGAGGAGAGGGAGUUAAAUGUCGCUCAGCUUACCGAAAAACACGAGACUGAUCUCAAGCGUCUACAAGAGGAGCAUGCUGAAGAAAUCGGACGCGUUCAAGAGCUUCUGGAUCAGGCACGACAGCGACAUGGUAUUACUGUGGAAACAAACUGGAAUGAAGUCUCUGAAAAGCUCUUGAGUGAAGAGCUGGCUGUCAGGAAAGAUUACAGUUUUGACAUUUCUGUGAGUGGUUUUCACGACGUGCUCAUGGAGCGUUACCUGACCUCUGAAGAGCCUCAAGACAGCUCACUGAUUGAAGGAAGUCUGCUGGAAAACUCAGAGACAUACCGCUUUGAGCUUGACAGUGAGGUCAUAUUUCACACAUCAGAUCAUCCUAAUGAUGUCACGUGCAACGGUGAUGCAUCAGAGCCGAGGCUGUCUGAAGACGCGCCCCAACACGGUGAGAUGUCCUUCACCGAUGCCCUGUGGCAGAACUCAACCUCUGCUGCGGAAGAGCUGAACGACAGCGCCGCUUCUGUAGACCUGGCUAAAGAACUCCUGAUUCAUCAGUGCAGAGACCUCUCUGAACAACUAGAAGAGCGCGAACGACAGCUUGAGGUCCUUCAAGAGGAGGUUAAACAUUCGGCAGAGGAGGUGCAGGAGGCACGGGAGCGCUGGAGCAAAGCGUCGGAGGAGCUCGAGGAGGCCAAAUGGGAGCUGGAGAUGGAACGGGAGAAACGGAUCCAUGGUGAGGAGAUCAUCAGCCAGAAAGAGCAUGAGGAGGACAACCUGAAGAACACGCUGAGCCACCUGCGUAUCCAACAGGACAAAAUCAUGACGGACGAAAUGGACUCUGAUGACGGGAACGGGUUUCGUUUAUCUGUGGAGGAGCUGCUGAAGGAGCUGAAGGAGGAGAAGCGACGGCUGAUCGGACGGCUCAAACAGCAGGAGGAGUUUGUGAAGAAUGAGCAGACAGCAGCCGGUGACUCUGUGAGUAAUGACCUUCAAGUUCAGCCGUCGUCUCUGCAAGCUCAGAUAGAUGAGUUGAUGUCUCAGCUGGAGCAACAGAAAGAAAAACAUGAGACCACCUCAGUGCUGCUCGGUCAGAAGACCCUGCGGUUAGAUCAGGCCAAUGAGGAGCUUCAGCGGCUCAAAACUCAAGUAGAGGAGAAGGUUGGAACGCUGCAGGACUUCGAGAAAGACAAGAAGGAUCUUGAGUCUAAAUUCACGUGCCUUAAAGAGAACCUCUUGAAUGUGGAGGAUGAGAAAGCUGCUCUGGAGAGACGUCUCCAAACUUUGGAGAAUCAAACCAAGAGCAUGGAGAAGACUCUGGAAUCAGAACUAAAGGACUUUGAGCAUCAUCUUGAGGUUAAGGAUGCUGAGCUGAAGGUCAUUAAAGAAGCACGAGAGAAGGCAGAAGAGGAGUACAUGGAAAAGGAGCGUGUUUUACAGGCAGACAUCGCCACAGUCAAUCAGAACAUAGAGGAACGACAGAAACAACAUGAGGAAGAGCUGAAGGGUCUGGAGGAGAAACAUCGCACAGAGAUGGAAGAUUUGAAUUCCCGCUCUCAAAGGGAACUCUCUGAGCUGCGUGCUCACCUCGAGGAAGAGCAGAAGAAACAGAUCAGCGUGAUCAAACAGGUGCAUGAGAGAGAACGUGAGCGGGAGUUGAGCGAGCUGACAGAUCAACAGCGUGAGGAAAUGGAGAAACUCCGAGAUGAACUCUUCAGAGAGCUGCGGGAGGAGCUGGAGGCCGCACAUCAGGCCGAGCUGCUCCAAACACAAAGUCAGCACAACCUGGAGCUUGAAGCGUCACGUCUGAGUUUGAUGAACAUGCAUGCGGCUCAGCUGGAACACGUUCAGGAUAACAUGCGGAAGGAGAAGGAGGCGGCUCUCAGCGAGCUGCAGACCAUGCUGCGGGAGAAAUGGGCUCAAGAGAGCGCCAUGCUGCAGACACGACAGCAGUUUGAGCUGGAGAGACUCCGUGAACAGAGUCGAGAGCUGGAGGAACGAACCCAACGACUGCAUCAGCAAGACAUCGAUGAUCUGAAUCAAGAGUGGGAGAGCAGACUUCAGGAAGAGAGGAACAUGGUUGAACAGUUACAGGCCAGUAAACUGCAGGAUCAGUUGUCAGAUGCUGACAAGGUCAGAACAGAUUUGAGUGAUGCUCUUGAGAAACUGAAGGAGAUGCAGAGAAAACUAGAAGAACUCCAGUCUAACAGAGAAGACGACGUCAAGAGUUUAGAGAAGGAACUCGAUCAAGCCCUGACUGACAGAGAUGCUGCUGCUCGUGCGGUGGAGGAGCUGGUCGCGUGUCACAAAGUGGCGUUACAAGAGCAACAGGAGCGUGCCGGAGCGCUAGAACAAAAAGAGAAAGAUCUGAAACAAGAGGUUGAGCGUCUUCAGUCAGAGAGAGAUGACUUAAAGUACUGCUCAGAGCAGGAGAUCACAAACCUCUGGUCACAGCUGGACUGCAUGAGAACAAACAGACAAGAGCUGGGAGAACUGAAGGAGCAGUUGCUGGAGCGUUCGGCGCGGGUUGAUGACAUCGAGCGGCUGAAGCAGGAGUUCGCUCGGCAGCGGCAGGAGAUUAAAGAACUGAAUGAGACUGAGCUGGAGAACCUCCGCACCUACUUUGAGCAGAGACUCGGAGCGGUUGAAGAGAGUCAUCGAGAGGAGAUCACACUCCUGCAGCGCCGGCUCAUAGAGGAAGCCCUGGAGGAUUCUGUGCUCAAGACUGCUGAUGCAAGUCUUCUCUCUGAUGAGAACGGUGAAGAGAGCACUGAUGCGAUGGCAGAAAUCACACGGCAGCUGGAGAAACACAAGGAGGAGCUGGAUUCUCUGCGUCUUCAGUUAGAGGACAGACAUCAGCAGGAGCGACAGCAGCUCAGGUCCAGUAUGACUCUGGCGUAUAAAGAAGACUUACUGCAGGCUCGCACCGAGCUCACAGAUCGAUACUACAAAGACAUCGACCAGCUCAACACUAAACAUGCUCAUGACCUGGAACAGCUCCGCGCUAAACUCUCAGACAACCAUAUCAAAGAAAUAACGAAGAUACGGCUGCAGUCAGCUCAGGAGGUGGCGAGACAGGUGGAGGCUGAGGUGAAGGAGAGGACCCAGCAGCUUCAGGACACACUGACCGGUCUGGAGAACCAGCUGUCCCAGCUCUCUCUGAAGCACUCUGAGGAUGUGGAGAGAGCGACCGAACGACACCGACAGAUGCAGACGACACAUCAGAAAGACCUCGAGGAGGCGCAGAGGACUGAGAGGAGUCUUGUGACGGAGGAGAUGAACUCUCAGAAAGAGAAGCUUCAGAGAGCAGCCAUGGAGGAGAGAGCAGAGCUGGAGAAGAAGCUGGAAGAUGUGCAGAAGCUCCUGGAUGAUGAAAGAGAGAGACUUCACACGCUGCAGAAGAGUCUGGAGUGUGAGGAAAAUCCUCAGCUUACGGCCCUGAAACAGAAACUUCAGGCACAGCACGACAGAGAGAUGAACACUGCGAAGACGGCCAUGGCGGCCGAGGUGAAAGAGUUGAACGCUCUGCUUCAGGAUCAGAUGGAGAGGAAGCUACACGACGCCCUCUGCAGACACGAAGAAGAACAGAAGCAGUUGGAAGAGAGGUUAACUCAUGAGAGAGAUGCUCUGCUGGAUCAACAGAAAGAACAGCUCGAUGUUGAGUUACAGUCACUGAAGGUUCUUUUGGAGGAGCGUGCUGCUCUAUUACAGCGUCUUAAAGAGGAGUGUCAAGAACUGAAAACACAGCACCAGGAGGAACUCCAGUCCCUGAGGACCAAUCACAAAACAGCCCUGGAGACCCUGGAGAUGGAGCUCGUGAAAAAACACAAGGCGGAGCUCGACAAACUGGACGCUGUGUUUCAAGAGACCAAUCUAGCACAGCUCGAAGCGCAGGAGGCGGAGCUUCAGGCCCGGCACAAACAAGAGAGGGAGGAGCUGGAGGAGAGACUGUUGGCAAACAUGGAUACUCUAGAGAGCACGUACCUGGAAGAGAUCCAGACCGUACGGGACGAGAAGGAAAGAGGACUACGUGAACUUCAGGCCGUGCUGGAACAACGCUUUACCGGAGAGAUUGAGAAGGUGAGGAGGGAGGAGCAAAGCAUCAGGGAGGAGCUCCGAGGUGAGCUAGCAAAGGUCCAUAUGGACAAGUUCACCGCCAUGGCGAUGGAGCUACGUCAAGCUCAUCAGGAGGAGAUGUCUGACGCGCUCUCGUCUCUGAGGACCACUCUAGAGAACGAGCAUCACACGGCUCUUGAUGCUCUUCAGCAGCAGGUGGUUGCUCUUGAGAAACAGCAUAGUGCCGCCCUGCUGGAGAUCACUGAUAUCACCACUGCAGAAAAACUGCAGCUGAAGCAGAAGAUGGAUGAGCUGAGUGUUCAGCAUCAGCAACAGCUGCAGGAGUUAAGGGGACUGACCGCCAGAGAGCUGGAAGCUCUGCGUAGGGAAUUGGAGGAAGAGGCGUCAAGGCAACGGCUUCACUCCCUGGAGGAGGCGGAGCUUCUUAAGUGUCAGUCUGAAGCGCAGCUACAACAGAAAGUAGCAGAGUUAACGGAGGGGGCUGACAGGGAGAAGACCGUUGCUCUUGAGGAGCUGGACAAAACAUUGAGACGACAGCACGAACAAACUGAACUCGCCUACAGAGAGAAGAUGAGCCAACUCACAGAACAACUACAACUACUGGACACUGUUGUGUCACAGUUGCGUGCGGAGGUCAGCGGCCUGCAGGUGGAACUGGAGGGCAAACGGGCGGAGAUGGACACGCUGGAGACGCUUCUGCAGCGCAGAGGCCGCGAGAACCAGGAGGGAGAUAAUCUACUGGCCAUGCUUAGAGCAGAUCUCAACACCGCCACGCAGCAGAGACAAGACGCGCAGACAGCACGUGACAAACUACAGAAGAUUCUUGUCGAGAUGCUUCGAGUUACCUGCGCAACAGAGGAGCACGUCAACCGUAAGUUAGGGACGUGUGGAUCAGGCGCUCGCUCGGGAGAGGAAACACCCACCGCUAGGACCACCAAAACUAGCUGCAAAUCACAUGAACCCGAAGUGUCUGGUGUGGAGGGAGAGGCUGACUGCAGUGUGUGGUCUUCAGCGGUGGAUGAAGGUCUGGAGUUAUCUCAGAGGCUCUGUGAGAGCGUGUUCUCCGGUCCGGACGGAGAGAUGGAUGCAGAUGGAGAGGAGCUGAUGAUGGGGGCGUGUACACGAGUGCGUGCCGCAGUGGAUCAACUCCUGGAGCUGCUCUCUGAGUCCUCGCAGCAGUUGGAGCAGAUGUUUGGUCUUCAGGCGGCGCUGGGCGAGCGUUUCAGAGACGGCGGUGAGAUCAAAGCAUCUCUACUCCUGCAGAACACUCAGCUCCUCGAGCAGCUGGAUCACGAGGCCAGUGUCAAGAGUCAACUCCAGCUCGAGCUACACAAGGCCGAGGGUCUGACGGAAGGUUAUGUAGCAGAGAAGGCGACUCUGGAGGAGGCUCUACAGCAGAAGGAGACGCAGGAGCAGCGUCUGGCGGAGGAGCUGGAGGUCACACGAGGUCAGCUGCAGGAGCUCAGUGAGAAUCACACACUCCUCCGGCGUCAGAUAGAAGCCCUCACGGCUGGCCUCGGUGACACUGAGAAGGGCUUCCUCGGUGUCGAGGGAGAGACAGCUCUGCUGGCGGAGGCAGAGCGUCUGGGGCAGGAGCGUGUGGAGGUGCAGCGUCAGGCGGAGAAAGACUGCGGUGGGAUGGCGUCACGGCUCAGGAUGCUGGAGCAGGCGCUGGAGGAACAGCACAGUCGCGCUAAUCAGCUGGAGGAACAACAUCGCUUACAGACAGAAGACCUUCAGCAGCACAUCCACGCUCUGGAGAAACAGCUGAAACAUCACCGACAGUUCAUAGAUGAACAAGCGGUAGAACGGGAACAUGAGAGAGAUGAAUUCCAGCAGGAGAUCAAGAAUCUAGAGGCUCAGUUGAGACAGACGUCUAGAGGAAAUGCUGGAGGAGACGGCCGGGGUGGACGGAUUGAGGACUUGGUUCUUCAGGUGGAGAGUCUUCAGGCUCUGAUCAAAGAUAAGAUUGAAGACUACAGCGUUCUUCUAGCAGCCAAAGAGCAGUGUCAGCUCGAUGUGGAGGAGCGAAACGAGGAGAUCGAGAAACUAGCGUCUCGUAUCCGUGAGCUGGAGCAGGCGCUGUUGAGCAGUGCUGAGGCCGGCCGGACCGUCACGCAGCUCGAACAAGACCUCCAGAGAGCACACAAGAACAUUCAGGAGCUCACACAGGAUAAAGAAGCGCUGCAGCAGCAGCAGUAUGCCAAUAAACUCCAGAUCUCAGCCCUGCAGUCCAAACUAGACGAGAAUAGACAUCGUUUCCCUGACUCGACCCCUGACCCCAACCUCAGAGAACAGCUGGAAGCAACUCAACAACAACUGCACACCAAAGAGCAACAGCUGGAGUUGCUGUCGGAGCGUGUGACAGAGCUGGAGAAAGAUCUAGACGUGAAAGAUGAAGAGAUCCGACUGUUCACACUACAACUGGAGCUCAGGAGCCGAGAGAGCAGAGCUACAGAAGAGCAACUCCAUGCUAAGAUCACACAACUACAGGAGACUGUUGAAGCUCUGACCAGACGUCUGGAGGAGCGCAGCGAUGACUAUGACCUUCAGCUGCCAUCUGCUCUUCUGGAGGAGAAGAAUCAAGAGAUCGAUCAUUUAAACCAGCACAUCCUCCAGUUACAGCAGGAGCUCCACUUGACCGCCGAUAACAAGACUCUAGAGGAAAAGCAGGCCGAGAUGGAAGAGCUGCGAUCUCUGGUGGAAAGUCUUCGCUGUGAUCUGGAACGUUUGCGACAGGCCAAGGAAGAGGAGGCGGAGCAACUCCACGAGGUCAUCACCAAGCUUCAAGAGGAGUUAAGCCAGCUCGACCCCCACCACCACGAGGUCAGUGACCCCAACACCGACAGCCCCGAGUCCUCGGACUUCCCCUGGUCCCCUCGUCCUCACCAGCAGCGAGCGCCGGAGGAGAGCCUGCGUCAGGAGCUCAACACCCACACCCUGCAGACAUCUCGCGCUCGCUCGCAGCAGUUACAGAUGGAGCUGGAGCGCUCCGCCGGAGAGAGAGAAGCUCUUCAGAAACUGCUGCUCGCUCAGGAGGAACAGUACGGGAGUCAGGUGGAGACGCUCGGGCGCAGUCUCACAGAGGAGAGGGUGAAGGUGGCUGCGUUAGAACGUGAGGUGGGAGACCUGAAAGAGAAGCUGGAGGAGAGCCGGGCAGACGUUGAGAAGUUGAGCAACACUGUGAGAGAGCUGGAGGAGAGAGAGCAGCAGCAGCGCCCCAGUCUGAGAGAAUCGGAGCUCCGGUUGAGAAGGGCGGAGGAGAAACUAGAUGAGGACGUGCAGAGAGAGAGAGCAGAGAAGGAGAGGAUGGAACGUCAGGUCUCGAUGUUACAGGACAAUGACGAGAAGCUUCAGAAUGAACUGGCUGCUGCACGCUUCAGACUGGAAGAACUUGAGGAGCAAAUCAAAACUGCCAGAGAUGAUGUCAUCGCUUUGGAGGAAGAGACGCAAGAAGUGUGCAUGGAAAGAGAGGCUCUGAGAGAACGUGAAGUGCAUCUGCAGGAGGAACUGGAGCGUAUGAAACGGGAAGUGAUGUCAAAGACAGACUACAUAAAACAACUGCAUGAGCAGCAGGAGGAGACCGCAGCAGAACAAGAAGAAGCUCAAAAGGAAGUGCUGACAUGUGCUGAAGAGACUCUUGCCAAGGCCGAGGCCGCUCUGCGUGAGCGAGAACAACAGCUGAUCCACCUGAGGGCGGAGCAUGAUGCUCUGAGGGCGGAGCUAGCUGCGGUUAAGGAGGGGCUUAGCAACAGCACAGAGAGGGCGGAGAAGCUACUGGAGGAGGGACAGACGAAAGAUCGUGCGCUGGCUGACCUGGAGGUCCACAACCAGCAUCUGAAGGUGGAGCUGCGGAGUCUUCAGGACGAUCUGGCCGUGCAGGAGGAAGAGUUGGUGUAUCAGCAGAGAGAGCUGGAGCAGCUACAACAGCGCUACAGUUUACAAGAUCACCGUCCCAAACACGAGCAGCGCUUCAUCGAUGUCCUGUCCCACGACCCGUCGCUCUCCGCCUCCCUCACUUCUCCAGAGCUGCUGAGGAGGCUGGAACGCAGUGAAGAGCAUCCCACUCAUCUGCACGCGUCUCACCUGUCAGAGCUCAGCGCGCUGCACGACGCCACCCAGGAGCUCCACGCCAAACCAUCACCGAUGGACAGAGAGAGACCUCACGCCAGACAAACAUUUAUACAAGCUGAAGAGACGGAUCAACCCAGCACACUCUCUCCAUCACCCUGCUCGCUCACCGUGUCUGAACAUCUGUCUGUCCUCGACUCACUGGAGGCAGAGAAGCUUGAUGAUUUGGAGAAUUUGGACAGCGCUCCCUCUCAGUCUGCAGUGGGCUCCACGUCUCCUGUGUCUGUGGCGGAGUGGGUCAGCGACGGAUACGGCAGCAACGUGAGCUCAGAGCUGGAGGCCAUGCUGAAGCAGGAGUUGGAGCAUACCGAGCGUUUGGAUGCUCAUUUUGUGGAGUAUCUGCGCUGCAGAGGGAUGUCACCUGCAGAAAACACUGACAGCGCUGCAGGCAGCAUGCACGAGAGCAACGAGCGACUCGCACCUGAGCUGCAGGGCAUGUUAAAGCGUGUCUACCAGGAGAGCUGCAGAAUCCUGUCAUUGUCACAUCGCCCCACCCCAUCAGGCCAGUCCCGCCCUGAUUCUGAACCUGCCCCGCCCCUCUCCUGGCAGAGGGAGAGACGAGCCUUACAGGAGACCAUCCUGUCACUCAGAGAGCUGCUGUGCCGGAUGGCUGACCGGGAACCCAAGGCUGACGGAGGGGAAGAGGACUGGAAGCGUGAGCUGUUACAAGCGGUCCGUAGCGUCUUUGACAGCGAGCGGGAGUGGCUUCAUUCGCAGCUUCAGGCCGUCAUGGCAACCAGUACUCAGAUAGACCACACCCCCCUGCUGGACCAGUUACAGAAAGUCUUUCACCAACAGGAGGAGCAGCAGAGGAGGUCUUUGGAGCAGCUCUUCAACGCUGACCGCCACGGUCUGUUGGCCGAGGUGCGCAGCCUGCAUGAGCAGCUGCACGAGAGCACGCAGCAGAGUCAAGAGCAGCUGCAACAGCUGCAGGAUUCACUGCACACGGCAAAAGAACUGGAAACGCAAAAGCAACAGGAGUUGCAUAGAGACCUUGAAGAGCUGGAGUCACAGCUGAAGCAGGGACAGAUGCUGUCACAUGACCUGCGAUCGUCACUGGAAGCUGAGAAGAGUCGAGCGGUGGAGCAGCAGAGGCAGCUGGUGUCGGAGCUGAAGGUGAUGUCAGAGAUGAAGACUGAGCUAGAGGAGACCAGGCAGCAGCUCCAGUCAGCAUCUGUAAAUCAAGAGGAAUUAAAGAGCCAGAUGAACAAACUCAGGGUGAAACUGGAAAGUGUGGAGGCUGAACGUCAGCUCUGUGUGACGGCUGUAGAGAAAGAGCAGAUCAGAACUCACCAACUACUGGAGGAACUUCAGCAACAGAGACUCGACAACCAACAGACAACUGAACAAAACCGACACACACAUGAGGGUUUGCGUGUGGCUUUGAGCGAGAAGGCGUCAGAGCUCAGUCAUCUGACGUCUGUUCUGGAGCAGGAGCGUGUCACCGUCAGUAACCUGCGCUCAGAGCUUCAGAUAGAGCAGUCCAGAUGUGAAGCCUUGCUGGCUCAGGAGCGAGAACGCACCCAACUCGCCAUCUCCCGCCUGGAGGAGGAGCGCUCCCGUUCAUCUGAGCUCUCCGAUUCGCUCGCCCGUCAAACCCAGGAACACACGCGCCGUUUGGAGGAGGAAGCACGCAGACAGGAAGCGGCCAGCGCCCACGACAGGAAGUUCAUUCAGGAGCUUCACAUGCAGCUUGAACAGGAGAGGCGUCAGGGCGAGGACCUGGCGGCCAUGUUGGAACGUAUGCAGGGACAAGUCCUGGGGGAGAAGCGCAGACGGGCGGAGAAGGCGGAGCAGGAGACUCAACAGGAUCAGGAAGAAGUAAAGACACUCAGAGCUGCUCUGGAUAGCCUACGGGCUCAGAAGACUGAGGUGGUGCGGACACUGGAGACUGAGCGAGAGCGAGCCGGACGGUUACAAACUGAGAUAGACGGGAUGAAAGAGAAGAUGAGAGAGGUGAAAGAGAAGGAGAGAAUGAGAGAAGAGCAGAUGGAGAGACAGAAGAGGCAAGAGAGACAAGCGCAGGUGGAGAAAGAGCGACGGCAUGAACACACCAAUGAGAAACUGUCGCAGCUGGAGCUGGUACGUCAGAAAGAUCAGCAGAGAUUAAAACAACUCCAACAGACACUCACUGACCUGGAGAAAGAAGAGAAACAGCUGACGUCAGAACGCCAGCAGAGAAACACAAACAACACACAGGACUCCAGCUCAUCUCUCAUUGAACGACUGCUGAAGGAGAACUCUGAGUUCUGUGAAUGUCUCGCCGCUCUGAGCGAGGAGAAGAUCUCUCUCAAACACACCAUCUGCUGUCUGGAGAAAGAGCUGCAAAGCUUGAAACAUCAGGAGCAGGUAAGGUCUUCAGCGGUCUCAGAGCAGUGUGUGUUGUCUGAGAAACUCACCUGGCAGAAAGAGAAAGCAGCUCUUCAGGCUUCAUUACGAAAAGCAGAAGCGGAUCUCUCGAAGCUGACAACAGGCAAUGAAAACAGACCCGUCUAUGAACUCUCCAACAGCAAGGUGCAGCGGCUGUAUGAGCGAUACCUUCGAGCCGAGAGUUACAGGAAGUCUCUGGUGUAUCAGAAGCGUUAUCUGCUGCUGCUGCUGGGAGGAUUUCAGGAGUGUGAGCAGGCUACUCUCGCGUUGAUCGCUCGUAUGGGCGCACAGCCGACACUGAGCCAAUCACAGGCCUCCAGACCCCUGAACCGCUUCAGAACAUCUGUCAGAGUCGUCAUCGCUGUCUCGAGACUGAAGUUUCUCACUAGGAAAUGGCAGAAGGCUACAAGGAGAAUCUCAGCAGGUACUGGCACACUUCAUGGACACGGAGCUGGUCCGAGCACAGUUGCUGCUGUGAGGACUCAAGUUCUGAAACCACAGCAGACCGGAGCUGCGUUUAACUCUCCACCCACCCGUGAGCAUGUUUUAACCCAACGGGGUGUGAUCUCAUCGCUGGUUCCACCAAUCAAAUCACCCUAUAGACAGAAUAACAGAAUGUACACGGGCACCGUGUCGGGACCGUCAGACCGCUCCUUCAGCUCCUCCCAGGAUCAGGAGCGCUCUCUGAAGGACUAUAUCCAACAUCUGGAGAACGUACAGCAGCGUCUGGGAGCGGCGUGUCCAGGUUCAUCGUCAACGCUUCCUUAUCCUAGAAAAUCUGACCGAUGAAUGAAGAAACCAUAUCACCAGUGCCGAUCCAUUUUGUUUUUUCUAAAUUAUUUGAAGUGUUUUGUUGUCAUGCUUGGUCCUUUCAGACGAGGGAACUGAAAUAUCACUGAUCACCUAAAUGUUGUUUUUUGAAACAAACAUUUUCAAAAAUUUUAUACAUUUGUUUUAUUCUGAAUGUGAAUGUUCACGUUUUGUAUUUUUAUACAUAUGUUAUCCAGUAUGCAUUUAAAGAUAUUUGCACUUGAUUUGUGAUGUAUUAUGAUACUGUUGGACAUGUUUUGUAAAGUUUUAUAUACAUGAACAGUAUUUCUGUAGAAGUCAAUAAAUAUUUUAAACUAAA